UUCUCAAAUGUACUAGAAUUUUUUUCCCAGAUGGGCAGAGAGUUAUAUAGUUCUCUGUUUAGACUGAUGUUUGAUGGUGGAGGGUGGUGAGUUCUUGCUAACUUUACACACCAUUUAUUCUUCAUAUGGACUUCAUAUGUUGUGACAUGGACUCUAGCAUGUAGGUUGACAGAAAGUAAUCUAGUGCCAAUUAAUGUAAUGAGUUUACCCUCCUUUUCUUGUAGCACAAUGGCUGACAAAUCGGCGAAACCAACAAAUUCUCACGAGGGAGCUGGGGCUGGCGAACUAAGUGCUCUGGAAGAAGCCUUUAGAAAAUUUGCCGUGCAUGGUGAUACAAGAGCCACAGGAAAAGAAAUGCAUGGGAAGAACUGGUCAAAGCUAUGUAAGGACUGCCAUAUCAUAGAUGGGAAGAAUGUGACAACCACAGAUGUUGACAUUGUCUUCAGCAAAAUCAAGGGAAAGUCUGUAAGAACUAUUACUUUUGAGCAGUUUAAGGAAGCUCUUCAAGAACUCUCCAAGAAGCGGUUUAAAGGCAAAAGUGAUGAGGAAGCACUUCAAGAAAUGUAUAAACUAAUUGAAGGAAAAGGCCCAGGUUUAACUGGAGUAACGAAAACUGUUGCAUCUCCAACUGUUUCACGCCUUACAGAUACUUCAAAAUUCACUGGUUCUCACAAAGAGAGGUUUGAUGCCAGUGGGAAAGGAAAAGGCAGAGCCGGCCGAGAAGAUCUGGUGGAUAACUCAGGAUAUGUAUCUGGUUAUAAGCAUGCAGGCACAUAUGAUCAUAAAGUACAAGGAAACAAGUAAGGCUGAGGGUUUACAACACAGAGGGGGAUAGAGUAUAUAUUUGUAAGGAUGAUGUUAUGAAUCCCACAUGUUUCAGUUAUUGUGAAUGUUGAGACUAUGUUGUCAAGAAGUUGUCUUCAGGAACUGGAACU